AUGGUAAAUAGCGUUUUUGGAAAACUGAUGGAAAAUGUAAGAAAAUAUAAAGAUGUUCGCUUGGUGACAAAGUGGGAAGGUCGCUAUGGCGCUCGUGCGUAUAUUUCCAAGCCAAACUUCCAUAGCUGCACUCUUUUCGAUGAUGACGAUAUCGCGAUAAUAGAAAUGAAUCGGUUGGAGGUAUUUCUUAACAAACCAAUUUAUGCGGGGUUGACGGUUUUAGACGUAUCGAAAACUUUCCUCUACGACUUUCACUACAAUUAUGUAUUACGGGAAUUCGGUGAUCGCGCAAAACUCCUGUACACCGACACUGAUAGUCUUGUAUACUCUUUUGCAGUGCCGGACAUAUAUCAAUCAAUCAAAGAGAACAUUAAUCGAUUCGACACAUCCAGUUAUAACCCAAAUAAUCCCUUUGGUAUACCUCCUGUCAAUAAAAAAGUCCCCGGAUUGAUGAAAGACGAAAACAAUGGAAAAAUAAUGUUAGAGUUCGUGGGUUUAAGGGCAAAAAUGUACGCGUACCGAGUGGACGACAAGGUGUUAAAAAAAUCAAAAGGUUCGACAGCCGCUAGUAUUCGUGAAAUAACUUUACAAGAUUACAAACGUUGCUUGUUUAACGAUGACAUUGUAAAAAGGGAUCAAUAUCUAAUUAGGUCACAGAAGCAUUCUGUGUUCACCAUAAGGCAGAAUAAGGUGGUUCUUAGUCCUCACGAUGAUAAACGUUCUAUCAGUUUAAAUUGUAUCAAUACGCGGCCUUGGGGCUAUAAUUUGGCCUAA